UAUAAACUUGUCUAUAUCAUUAUGGAAAGAGAACAGCACUUAAGCAUCUCGACCAACCUGUCAGAAAUGCAGACUAUUCCCUUAAAAACUGGGUCAAUUGAAAAGUGGAAGAAGAGGGGCCGGCUUCUCUCUGGGCUUGUAGGCUCUAAUAUUCUGUUAUUCAGCUGCACCUUGGUGACCUGUGUAUUCAGUAAAGAUGUGGAAAUUUGGGAGACAGACAUGCUCGUAUUUCUUUCCAUUAUGUUGGUGCUCUGUAUAACGUGGAUGCUCUUCCAAAUGUAUUUUUCAUGGAAAAAAAAAGAUGCCAUAUUGUUCAAGGAUUGCCAAGCAGGGCCCAUAUGGAUGAGAGGUGGAAUAGUCUUUUUUGGCAUUGGCACCAUAGUUAUGGAUUUCCUAAAGAUCAUACAAGCUGUGGGAUACAAGGACUGCGAACCUCCAGUGAAAAUUAUUCAACCUCUCCUACAAGUUAUGUUUGUCAUUGUGCAGACAUAUUUCCUAUGGAUGUCAUGCAAAGAUUGUGUUCAGAUCCAUAUAAAUGCUACCAGGUGUGGACUUAUGAUGCUGCUGACCGUUAAUCUGGCCAUCUGGGUGAUCGCAGUUACUGAAGAAUCCAGGCAUCAUACAGUCGAAUUACAGAAGUAUUUUGAUGGAAAUGUUACAAGCACCAAUGAUAGUCAUGGUUACUCUGGAAAUAUGAACCACUGUGAGUGCAAAUCUAAAUGCACUUUCUCCCCGACCUCUUAUUAUUACUUAUACCCUUUUAAUAUUGAAUACAACCUGUUUGCAGCAGCCUUGAUUUUUAUCAUGUGGAAAAAUGUGGGGCGACGAAUUGAUGACAACUCUACCCAACACCAUGGAAUAGGCCCAGGAGUUCUCCAACAUGUCCCAUUGCUAGGGCUUAUAUCUGGCAUGUCUGUUCUGGUUAUUGGGCUAGUGAUGUUUAUUAUGUAUGAAGUGGGGCGAGAGAACACCCUCAAACACUGGCUGUCACUUAGCACUUUUUACUUCUUCCAUGUAGUCAGCCUAGGGCUAAUGAGUUUGGCUAACUUGGUGGGCAUUAUCAUCUUCAGACUGGAUACGAGAAGCAUGGAUAAUGACAAGAACCCUAGUCGCACGUUGGAUAUGACUCUGCUGCUCAGUGCAACACUAGCUCAAUAUGCAAUCUCAUAUUAUUCUAUGAUUGCGAUGGUGGCUACGAAUCCUACUACCCUCCUAAGCUGUUUAACACUUAUUUAUUCACUACUUAUGAUUGUUCAGCACUCCCUUCAGAAUGUGUUCAUAAUUGAAGGGUUGCAUCGGCUUCCACCAAAUCAUUUAGUAAACUCACAUGGGACUUCAAACACCUCUUGCUCCCAUUGUCAACAGGAAGCCAGCCUGCAAGUCAUUAUUUGUGAAGCAGAGGACGUACAUUCCAUUACAAGUGUCCCUCGACACCCAAAUCAUCCUCAAAUCCAGCAUAUGUCAAGAAGAGCCACAUUGACUGCACAUCUCAAGACACAUCUCAAGAAAAGAAAAACAAUGAAAGACAUUUAUUUGUUCCUGUUUUUGAGUAACAUCAUUUUCUGGAUCAUGCCGGCAUUUGGAGCUCGAAUACGUUUCGACACUGGCUUGGAAGUGAAGUUUUAUGGGUUUACUAUCUGGGCCAUAAUCACUAAUGUCUGCCUGCCAUUUGGAAUCUUCUAUCGAAUGCAUGCAGCUGCCAGUUUGCUGGAACUUUACAGCAUGUCCUAG